AGAAAAUGCAUGCACUCUGGUUUCACAUAUUGAGUGGGAACCCAGCUAGGCAUUAAUAUAUGGGUCACAAACUAGUCUCAAGCUGGUUUCAUCUUUCUUCCUCGGUACCCUUAUCCUAUGUGCAACCACCAGAAAGUAGGCCGGCGGCCACUGCUUUUGCUGCUUCCGGCAAGGCAAUCCCGGUGGUGGAUCUUGGUGGACAUGAUCGUGCUGAAACCUUGAUGCAGAUUUUGAGAGCUUCCGAGGAAUAUGGAUUUUUCCAGGUUACCAACCAUGGAGUUUCCCAUGAGUUAAUGGAGGAUACACUGAAUAUUUUCAAGGAAUUUCACGCCAUGCCUGCUGAAGAAAAGAUAAGUGAAAGUUCCCGGGACCCAAAUGGAAGUUGCAAGCUCUAUACAAGCCGUGAGAUUAACAACGAAGGUUGCAUUCAGUUUUGGAGGGACACAUUAAGACAAUUCUGUCCACCUUCUGGAGAAUUCAUGGAGUUUUGGCCUCAGAAGCCUGCAAGAUACCGAGAAGUGGUUGAGAAAUAUACACAGGAACUGAGAGAACUAGGAUUCAAAAUUUUAGAGAUGCUAUGUGAAGGGUUAGGACUUGAUCCAAGAUAUUGUUGUGGUGGACUUAGUGAAAGUCCAUUAUUGCUGGCUCAUCACUAUCCACCUUGCCCAGAACCGAGUUUAACAUUGGGAUUACCUAAGCAUCGAGAUCCUACCCUUGUUACAAUUCUUCUUCAAGAUAAAGAUAUAAAUGCACUUCAAGUAUUUAAGGAUGGGGAAUGGAUUUCUGUUGAGCCAAUUCCCUAUGCAUUUGUAGUUAACAUUGGGCUUCUAUUGCAGAUCAUUAGCAAUGGAAGACUCGUUGGUGCUGAACACCGUGUUGUCACAAAUUCAAGUGCUAUGAGGACCACUGUUACCUAUUUCAUCCGCCCAAUAAAGGAAGAGAUUAUAGAACCUGCAAAGGGAUUGAUAAGAUGUGGUGCUUGUCCCAUCUACGGGUCCAUUACAUUUGAAGAGUUUUUUACAAUUAACAUGAACAAAGGUCCUGGAACUGAACCAGAAUUGCUCUUAUAUUCUUCGCACGUAGAGAGUAAAACAACUAUAUAGAAUAUCGUGCGAAUUUAUCUGGCUUCCACGCACAUGAAUUAUCUACAGAGUAUUAAUUAAACUUGUUUGUCAAUUACUAUUCUUAUUCAAUUACUCUACAUGUUCCCAUAUAAGUGUCACUUUAAGAUUGUUGCACA